AGCCAAGUUCGUCCCUGAAAGUGUCCACCGCCUUCAACUUCGUCCCUAAACUUCUAAAAUGACGCCCGUGGUCCCUGGAAGUGGCAAAUCUCCCUCAUUGAUGGUCCUUCGUUAAAAAAAAGUAACUUCCGUUAACGGAAGUGUGACAUGGAUUUUCUUUUUUAAUAAAUCCAUAGCUGAUGUGGAAUGUUAACGUUGUGGAUGUUUGGGAAGGGUUCAAUUUAGUCAUUCCAGCCCUUUAUAUGAUGAUGAACCCUAAAAUCUCAAAUUCCCCUAAUUCGCAUAACCCUAACCUUCCAAGCUUCCUUCGUCAUUUCCUCUGAAUUCUCCUUCCCUCUCUGUCGCAAUUGAACCCACAAUGAGUGGGAGCUCCAAGUCGCGGAUUCAACCGAACAAUUGCAGGAAUUACAGUGCUUCUUCAAGCUCUCGUGUGCAUGCUGUUGUUCCCCACUGCAAAUGUGGUCAAGAGGCUGUGGUUAGGGUCUCGAGGACUGAUUUGAACCCAGGAAAAGCUUUCUAUAGUUGCUAUUUACCUAAGGGUCAUGUGUCCAAUUGUAAUUUUUUUCGUUGGGUUGAAGAAGAAGGUGAAGUGGUUUCAAAUGGGCAGAACCCUAACAACAAUGAUGAAGAAGUGAGGCUGUUGAAGGAAAUUUUGAUGCAGAAUGAGACCUUGUUGCAGGAGGUAGUGAUGAUGAAGGAGAUUAUGCAGAAGAAGAAUGGGUUUUUGGUUGAAGAGAUUAGGAUCAUGAAGGGAAUUAUGCUGAAGAACAAUGACACUCAUAUGCAACAAAUUCACUUCAUGAAAUCAUGUGUGAUAUUCAUGGGAUUUGCUGUGUUGUUUAUGGUGUUUUUGAAACUGUUUGUGUAGAAUGAGUGAACCUAGGGGA